AGAAGGUCCAAAAAUGACCUAAGCUAUCAACCGAAGAAUUCAUUGAUAACUGGUGCACAACAUAUCUAUAUAUCCGUGUAUUUUAGUUACCUGAAAAUACCAGGAUUUGGCGAAAAGAAAUGUAAUAGCAAGCAAUGACAAAUUUCUCCUCUCUUUCCCUCCAAAUUUUAUUAGCAACCGGAAGUAAAAUGACAAUCCUGAAAAAUGCACGCGUUGCCUCCCUUUGAUCAACAUCAGAUUGUAAACAAAACAUCACCAUCGAAAUCGAAAUCAAGACAGGAAACAUGGAAAGUUGCGAGUCUAAAACAGAACUGUUUCUUAAGUUUUGUAUAAUUGUAAAUAAAUAUCCUGAAGCCAAUGAUUCUAAACACACCAUUAUGAAAAAUAGAAAAAGGACAAAGAUAGAAGAGGAACCAUUCUUGAUAAAGAUUACUUACGAAAAAGAUGCUACAGAUAUUGAGGAACUUAUUAAAUCAAUCAGAUGUAAACUAAUAAAACUUAUCAGUAAAAAUAUGAAAAACUUGAUCAACUAUGAAAGAGAAAAAAUAAUGACUGAAGUUAUUGAGGACUCAAACUGCAGUUAUCAGAAUAAAUCCAUCAAAAAUUCUAGAAAAGCUAGAUCUACUACAGAAAGAUUUAGACAGAUAAAAUUUGUUCAGCAAAUAAAUGCAGCCAACAAACUUUCAAUUAACAACUCCACAAAGAUUGAUAAAGAAAUUCUGCUGAAUUCAAAAAAUGUUGAAGAUGAUCCAGCGAACGUAAUGAGUAGUGUAUCAACGGCUCACGACAGCAAUUGUGAUUAUGAUAGUGAUAAUGAAGAAGAUAACAGUGUAGAGGAUGAGGUUAAUAUGUAUAAUAAAGAGGAUAUGACUCGAGAUAUGGCAAAACCACCAAUACCAUUACCUGAGACAAGAAAAUCUACAGAUAACAUACACCCUAACACCUUAUUAACUGUCAAAUCUAAUGGAUCUGAUGAAUUCAGGUGUGAAAUAUGUGAAAGAAAUUUGACCACCAAAGGCAGCUUAAAGCGACAUAUCUCACACCAACAUGCCCUGAACAAAGUUAGAACAUUUACAUGUCAUAAAUGUCAGAGAGUUUUCAAUAACUUGUAUUCAUUGAACAUUCACAAACAAACCCACUUAAACCAACUGCCUUCAGGAAAAUUUUCAUGUCAGUCUUGUUUUAAACAGUUUGUAAGUCGUUCAACAUACCUGGUUCAUGCCAGAUUAGGUGUUUGUGGGCCUCCAGCUUUUUCCUGUGAUCCAUGCGCUAAAUAUUUCACCCAAGAGAAGACUUUUAAUAUUCAUAUGAAAAGACACAUCAUUAACACUAAAAAUAGUGAUUCUUAUAUAAGAUGCAACAAAUGUAAUCAAACAUUUUCUUCAAAGAAUGGCUUCAGAAAACAUACCCAAAAAGCUACAUGUUUAAGUACGUUUGUUUGUCAGAAAUGUAACAAGACAUUUAAACAACAAAAUCUUCUCAAAGCACAUCUACAAUCACAUGUUAGUCAGAAUCCGGAAAAUGGUUUCCGAUGCACAAAAUGUUUAAGACUCUUUGCAACCCAAAGAGGAUUCAAUGCACAUGAAAAGCAGUGUUCAACUAAACAAAACGUAAAACGAAAGGAAAAUUUAAACAAAUCAUCUAAUUAUAUUUGUGAAAUAUGUGGAAAAAAUUUCACUCAAAGCAGUUCUUUGCAUAAACAUACUCGAAAACACAGUACAAUCCGUCCAUAUAAAUGUCAACCGUGUGGGAAAUGUUUUUACGAUCAAUUUGGAUUACAAGUUCAUACCAGGAUACAUACAGGUGACAAACCAUACUUAUGCAAUGUAUGCGGUAAAUCUUUUAUAUCAAAUAGUAAGUUAAAACGUCAUAUAAAAUCACAUGACAAACAAUCUACAAAAAGUUACAGAUCAGAAUCGACAGUAAGAAAUAUUGAAGCUCGACUUAAAAAACAAGAGAAAGAGUCUUCAGAUUUCCAACAUCCAGAUAUAAGAGCAACAGAGGUGAUUUCAUCCCAAAAUGUUAAUAUGAAUCAGAUAAAUAAUACAAUGAUUGGUCCAGCCGAAAUGAUUCCUGAAUAUACAAAAUAUGAUACACCAAGUCAGAAUAAGAAUUAUUCCACUAUGGAUAACUUUAUGACUAUCCCGAAGGAGAAGAAUGAUUAUAAUACCAGUACAAGAUAUUUCAUUGAUACAUCAUUUAAUGAGCAGAUUCAUCCGGAUAAUUAUCAUUAUAACAUUCCCCCUCCUCCCUAUCCUGGUCCAUCGUACAUUCCAAACACAGACUAUAAUCAUGACAAUGUAAGUGAUGUAAAUGAUUAUCAUCUGUUAGAAUUCAAUUCUUAUUUGCCAUCAUAUAAUAUAUACAAUGUUUCAGAACAUAUCAGCACGAUUCAGAAGUAAAACCCUAGAGUAAACCAGCGGUUGCCAGGCAAGAUACGCCCACAUUUUGCAAGAGAUGGAUAGAGAACAAGCUACAAUCAGGGGCCAUAAUCCAGGAAGUUAUAGCCUGAAAUGCUCAAAUAUAUCGAAAUGGGCUGAGAUAUUUGGAAUAUAAAGAUAUAUUUUAUGUUUCAUCAAAAUCGGAUAACAAUUGUGACUUCUAUAAGAGAGUCCACAACCUUGGUAUUACAUAAUUUUCACUAUUUGCGUACAAGUAGCGGCCAUUUUCGCACUCAACCGUCAUUAAGGUGUGACGGCGAUACAUUUAAACACUUUUUAAAAUCGGAUAAAAAUUGUGAUCUCUAGAGGAUCCACCUAAAAACAUGAUUUUUCGUACAAUCAGGGGAUAUAAUCCAGGAAGUUACCAAUCGGUUUUUUAUAGUUCAAAAUUUCAUAUUACUUGUCUUCACUACACUAGGAUCUGGAAGAGUUGUUGUAUUACCAGCGUUUUGGUUGAAGUGAGGGAUAAGCCAAUGAAACAGACUGUUACAUCGACUUCUUGGCAUGCCAUGCAUGGAACUGUGGGUAAACCACUAGAAACGUGAACACUGAUUGAUUAAUCAAUGUCUGACGUCUAAGGGUCAAAAGCCGCUCGUACGACCCCUGAAACGACCUUAUAGUACAACUUGUCAGAUCUUCAUGUAGUGUAGGCCAUCGAAAGUAUAAAAAACAAAAUGAAAUAUAGAUUUGUAUUUUAAUCAGAUUGGGAAGUUACCGUACUAUAUGCACAAAUAUGGAAAGGAACCAAGAUCUAUGGAUUAUAAUCAUACAUUUCAAGUUUCAUCAAAAUCGGAUAAACAUUGUGAACUUCUAGAGUCUCCACAACCUUGUAUUACAUACUUUUACACUAUUUGCGUACAAGGAGCUGGCAUUUUGUCCAGCAGUUUGGGUUAGAUUUUUACGAAUUUUGAACUCAACCUUCAUUGAUGUGUAACAGUGAUAUAUUUAAACAUUUUUUAAAAUUGAAUACAGGUCCACAAGCUAAAAAAUGCAGUCUUUCGAACAAUCAGGGGCCAUAAGUUACGUUCGGAUAUGUGCGAAUAUCAAAAGGAACAAAGAUCUUUGGGUUAUAAACAUGUAUUUCAAGUUUCAUCAAAAUCCACACCCUUGAUAUACCAUAUAAUUAAGAUCUUUGUGAUAUAAACAUAAAUUUAAAGUUUCAUCAAAAUUGUGGCCUCUAGAAUGUCCACAAGCUAAAAACGUGAUUUUUCAUACAAUCAGGGGCCAUAAUCAAUGAAGUUUUGAUCCAAUACAUGCCAAUAUCUAAAUGAACCAAGAUCUUUUGGAGAUAAACCUAUAUUUCAAGUUUCAUCAAAAUCGUAUAAGAAUUGUGACCUGUAGAGUGUCCACAAACAAAUUGUGGACGUCCGGACGGACAGGAGCAACAACAAUAUACGUCCACAUGAAAAUGUGGGCGUAUAAAAACUAACUGUAAAACAAUAUUAUUAUUCUUCUUCAUACGAUUAAGUUUUUAUUGAAUACAAUCAGUGCUGUGUAAUGAUAUAACCAUUGUGGUAUAUACUAGUUGCUUGACAAGGCAUAUAAUUUUUAAAUAUAAAGCUUGAUGACAAUAAUAUUCAAAGUAAGACAACUCUGCCUAUUUACGAUUUAUACACAUUUUGGAAGAUUAUCUGAGAACCAGACUAUUACUUCUGUAGGACCUUACAAGCUUUAUUCACAAAUAUAUAUAGGACUGCUCAUUUAAUGUACCAGAAUAUAAUCAAAUAUAUAAACUGAAAAGUUAUUGAUAUUAAAAGAUCAUUGAUUUUUUUUAUUACCAAGAUUGACAUAUCUGAAACAAUUUCGUUUUUGAAUACAUACAUUUUAUAAA